CUCACAGAGGAGAUGGCAUCCCUGGAUGAGACCAUAGCCAAGCUGACAAAAGAGAAGAAAGCCCUCCAAGAGGCCCACCAGCAGACACUGGAUGACCUGCAGGCCGAAGAGGACAAAGUCAAUACAUUGACCAAAGCUAAAACCAAGCUGGAGCAGCAAGUGGAUGAUCUGGAAGGGUCCCUGGAGCAAGAGAAGAAACUGCGCAUGGACCUUGAAAGGGCUAAGAGGAAACUUGAGGGAGACCUGAAGCUGGCCCAUGACAGCAUAAUGGAUUUGGAAAAUGAUAAGCAGCAGCUGGAUGAGAAACUGAAAAAGAAAGACUUUGAAAUCAGCCAGAUCCAGAGCAAAAUUGAAGAUGAGCAAGCCCUGGGCAUGCAAUUGCAGAAGAAGAUCAAGGAGCUGCAGGCCCGUAUCGAGGAACUGGAGGAGGAAAUUGAGGCAGAGCGAACCUCUCGGGCAAAAGCAGAGAAGCACCGUGCUGACCUCUCCAGGGAGCUGGAGGAGAUCAGCGAGCGCCUGGAAGAAGCAGGAGGGGCUACAGCAGCUCAGAUUGAGAUGAACAAGAAGCGUGAGGCAGAAUUUCAGAAGAUGCGCCGUGACCUCGAAGAGGCCACGCUGCAGCACGAAGCCACAGCUGCCGCCCUGCGGAAGAAGCACGCAGACAGCACAGCUGAGCUUGGGGAGCAGAUCGACAACCUGCAACGAGUCAAGCAGAAGCUGGAGAAGGAGAAGAGUGAGCUGAAGAUGGAGAUAGAUGACUUGGCCAGUAACAUGGAGUCUGUCUCCAAAGCCAAGGCAAAUCUGGAGAAGAUGUGCCGCACUCUGGAAGACCAGCUGAGUGAGAUCAAAACUAAGGAGGAGCAGAAUCAGCGCAUGAUCAAUGACCUCAACACUCAGAGAGCUCGUCUGCAGACAGAAACAGGUGAAUAUUCACGCCAGGUGGAAGAAAAGGAUGCUUUGAUUUCUCAGCUGUCUAGGGGCAAGCAGGGAUUUACCCAACAGAUUGAGGAACUGAAGAGACAUCUAGAGGAAGAAAUAAAGGCCAAGAACGCCUUGGCCCACGCCUUGCAGUCUGCUCGCCACGACUGUGACUUGCUCCGGGAACAGUAUGACGAGGAGCAGGAAGCCAAGGGUGAGCUGCAGCGUGCCCUGUCCAAAGCCAACAGCGAAGUGGCCCAGUGGAGAACCAAAUAUGAGACGGAUGCUAUUCAGCGCACGGAGGAGCUGGAGGAGGCCAAAAAGAAGCUGGCACAGCGCCUGCAGGAUGCAGAGGAACACGUUGAAGCUGUCAACGCCAAAUGUGCUUCCCUGGAAAAGACAAAGCAGAGGCUGCAGAACGAGGUGGAAGACCUGAUGAUUGAUGUGGAGCGAACAAAUGCUGCCUGCGCAGCUCUGGACAAGAAGCAGAAGAACUUUGACAAGAUCCUGGCAGAGUGGAAGCAGAAGUAUGAGGAAACACAGGCUGAGCUGGAAGCUUCCCAGAAGGAGUCUCGCUCUCUCAGCACGGAACUCUUUAAGAUGAAGAAUGCCUAUGAGGAGUCCCUGGACCACCUGGAAACGCUGAAGCGUGAGAACAAGAACUUGCAGCAGGAGAUUUCUGACCUCACGGAGCAGAUUGCAGAGGGAGGAAAGGCGAUCCACGAGCUGGAGAAAGUCAAGAAGCAGAUUGAGCAGGAGAAAUCUGAAAUCCAAGCCUCCCUAGAGGAAGCUGAGGCCUCCCUAGAACAUGAAGAGGGGAAAAUCCUGCGCCUCCAACUGGAGCUCAACCAGGUCAAGUCUGAGAUUGACAGGAAGAUAGCAGAGAAAGAUGAGGAAAUCGACCAGCUGAAGAGAAAUCACCUCAGAAUUGUGGAGUCCAUGCAAAGCACCCUGGAUGCUGAGAUCAGGAGCAGGAAUGAAGCCCUGCGGCUGAAGAAGAAGAUGGAGGGAGACCUGAAUGAAAUGGAGAUCCAGCUGAGCCAUGCCAACCGUGUGGCUGCAGAGGCACAAAAGAACCUGAGAAACACACAGGCAGUGCUCAAGGAUACUCAAAUACACUUGGACGAUGCUCUCAGGACGCAGGAAGACCUGAAGGAACAGGUGGCCAUGGUGGAGCGCAGAGCAAACCUUUUACAGGCUGAAGUUGAGGAGCUGCGGGCAGCCCUGGAGCAGACGGAGCGGUCAAGGAAAGUGGCUGAGCAGGAGCUUCUGGAUGCAAGCGAGCGUGUGCAGCUCCUCCAUACCCAGAACACCAGCUUGAUCAACACCAAGAAGAAGCUGGAAACAGACAUCGUGCAAAUUCAGGGUGAAAUGGAGGAGACAAUCCAGGAAGCCCGCAAUGCUGAAGAGAAGGCCAAGAAGGCCAUCACAGAUGCGGCCAUGAUGGCGGAAGAGCUGAAGAAGGAACAGGACACCAGUGCCCACCUAGAGAGAAUGAAGAAGAACCUGGACAUGACGGUGAAAGACCUGCAGCACCGUCUGGAUGAGGCUGAGCAGCUGGCACUGAAGGGAGGCAAGAAGCAAAUCCAGAAGCUGGAGGCCAGGGUGCGGGAGCUGGAAGGGGAGGUAGAUGCUGAGCAGAAGCGCAGUGCUGAAGCCGUGAAGGGUGUGCGCAAGUACGAGAGGAGGGUGAAGGAGCUGACCUACCAGUCUGAGGAAGACCGGAAGAACAUCCUCAGGCUCCAGGAUCUGGUGGACAAGCUGCAGAUGAAGGUGAAAUCCUACAAGAGACAAGCUGAGGAGGCUGAGGAGCUGUCCAAUGUCAACCUCUCCAAAUUCCGCAAGAUCCAGCACGAGCUGGAAGAAGCCGAGGAGCGGGCCGACAUUGCAGAGUCGCAGGUCAACAAGCUCCGAGCGAAGAGCCGGGAGUUUCAUGGCAAGAAGAUAGAAGAGGAAGAGUGA